AUGAAGCUCUUGUUGUUCAUGGUGCCUCUCAUACUCGUUGCAGGGCUUGUUUCAAUAUCGGGUCCUAACCCUUCUAGUACUAGCUCACAUCUCUUAUGGAGCUUUGUUACUCCAUCUUCUUCCUCAAGUACUAGUGGUGGAGCUGAUAUUUCUGUGAUCAUUGUGGAGGCCCCACCUGUUUCAUCUGAAGUGAAACAGAGAGAAGGGUUAAUGGUGGUGGCCAUGGAUUCUCACGGCAAGGAAGAGAAAGCUAUCUCCGAUGACACUUCCUUCAAUCACUCAUCUACUCCACCACUUUCCGUUCAGGCCAUACAAACUCCUCAACAACCUAACAAAGCUGAAGAAGUUCUCAAUGUCUCCCAAAUUCAGCCUAACUUGGCUCCGGUCAAUGAUUCUUCUGUUCCUCUAAGGAUACCUAGGCAGCCAAGAAAGUUCAGCAUCUUAGAUAGAACCGAAGCUGGUCUACUACAAGCUCGAGCUGCAAUUAGAGAAGCAAGAAACGGGAAUCAAACACAAGAUAGUGACUAUGUUCCAGUAGGACCAAUGUAUUAUAAUGCUAAUGCAUUUCACAGGAGUUACUUAGAAAUGGAGAAACAGUUCAAAGUAUACGUCUAUGAAGAAGGGGAGCCCCCAGUUUUCCAUAAUGGACCUUGUAAAAGCAUAUACUCCAUGGAGGGAAUUUUCAUCCAUGCUAUUGAGAUGAAUGACCAAUUUCGAACAAGAGAUCCAGAGAAAGCACAUGUGUUUUUCCUUCCUUUUAGUAUAGCAAUGAUGGUUCAAUUUGUCUAUGUACCUAACUCUCAUGAUUUUGGCCCCAUAAAAAAAACUGUCUCGGACUAUGUCAAUCUCAUUGCUGAAAGAUAUCCCUUUUGGAACCGAAGCCUUGGAGCUGAUCAUUUCAUGCUAUCUUGCCAUGACUGGGGGCCAGAGACUUCAUUUUCUGUUCCUAACUUGUACAAGAAUUCGAUUCGUGUACUCUGCAAUGCUAACACCUCUGAGGGAUUCAAGCCUGGAAAGGAUGUAUCUUUCCCAGAAAUCAAUCUCCAAUACGGUUCAACAAAUGGUAUCAUUGGUGGGCCAUCUGCAUCUAAACGUUCAGUUUUGGCUUUCUUUGCUGGGGGGCUUCAUGGUCCCAUUAGGCCUAUUCUUCUUGAGCACUGGGAAAACAAGGAUGAAGACCUUCAGGUUCACAAGUACCUUCCAAAGGGUAUGUCCUACUAUGAUAUGCUGAGGAAGAGCAGGUUCUGCCUUUGUCCAAGUGGGUACGAGGUAGCUAGUCCGAGAGUAGUGGAGGCAAUCUACACAGGGUGCGUUCCAGUGCUCAUUUCAGAUCAUUAUGUACCUCCAUUCAGUGAUGUUUUGAAUUGGAAAGCAUUCUCCGUUGAGGUUUCAGUGAAGGACAUUCCUAACUUGAAGAAAAUUCUAUUGAGUAUUUCUCCAACGCAGUAUAUAAGAAUGCAGAGAAGAGUAGUACAAAUUAGGAGACACUUUGAGGUACAUUUUCCUCCCAAGCGAUUCGAUGUGUUCCAUAUGACCCUUCAUUCUGUUUGGCUUAGAAGAUUGAACUUCAGAGUCCACGAUGAUCAAUAA